AUGUUGCGGGUGUCGAGUAGUCGACGAAGUGCGUGGGCGUUGUGGACAUGUUUUGUGCAAGGCGUGCCAGGGACGGUCUCUGCACGGGCGGUGUCUACGACUAACGUCGGUCCGGCUGACGUCGGUACGACUAACGACGGUCCGACUAGCGACGGCAGGCUUGGAUACCGCCAAAGUCAGUUUGCUUCGGAAACUUGCUCUGUUCCCGAGACAGGUGAAGGCGGAUGGUACUUGACUGACGUUGACGAAGUCGGUUGGGACUGGUCCAGCGUCUCGGAAAAAGACUACGAAUUGUAUUGGAUAAGUCGCUUCUGGUUGCCGCUGGAUAAGCGGGGAUUCGAUCUGUUGGAGUCGCGCGUUUCAGCAAGACCUUGCGUUCGUCGUACAGCGUGGAUCAGUAGAGGUGCUGCGUUUGCUGGGGUUGUCCUGAAACGAGGAGUCCGCCAUCCGUGGGCACUGGCAGCGGGAGCAAGACCGGCUCGCCCGAAUUACAUUCCAUCGGUAGGCAGAAGGCGACGUGGCGACAUUCCCGAUUUGAUGGGUAAAGAGCGGAGCGAUUUCGAAGCAUAUCAGGUGCUGCAUGGAUCGAUUCCCCGAGAGGCUUGGAUGAGGCUUACGACCAUUGAUACCCGUAGUUUCGAGAGGUGUCGUCUUGCUUACGUGGAGCUUGCCUGUAUUAUUUCUGCUUAUUUCUCGUCACCAUACGGCGUUGUAGAUGUCAGUAUCAAGGAUGCGAUCGAUUGCGUGGUGCCUUCGACGAAGACGAACCGUCACCGUUACUGGACCGUAGGAUGUCUCCUGCAACAUUCAGGAGCUUCUAUCAAGCGGCUGGCCGAAUUUUGCGUUAUGAAGUUGUGUUAUAACCCGAUUGGUCGGCGCUAUGCUCUCCAGUGUCUCCGCCCCUAUACGCGGACCUCGCCCUCCCGUAGAAGUGACUCGGCACGGUUGGACAUUUUGAACUCUCGUUUAUCAGCACUGCCUGUAGUGUUGGCGAAGACAUUCGCUCAACUAACUCAAAAACAAGUAAGUGACUACAUGGAGCAAGCGACCAAGAAUCAGACCGUCGUAGCGCUGGUCCAAGAGCCUUUGAAUCAAGGAGAUUGGGACAAAGCAUUGGCGGAAUGUCUUUCCUAUGCGGCGGGCUCGACAGCAGUUGCACGUAAACAAGGGAAGAACCAGGCGCGACGUCGUCGCGGGGGAUGUGGUCGAACCCCUGCUGUAGGUUCAGGGCGCGUAGUCGAGCACCGUGGGGAGAUGCUGCCACAGACGCGGAUCGCGCCGAACACAUCGGCAGUACCUACACGAGGAGUGAUCGACGACGAGACUGUGUUGUUGAGAAAGAGACGGAUUCCGCAGGCAUACCCUCACCUAGCGAAGAAAAAGGGGACUGAAGGCGGGUUUGGGUCGGCCUUGAACGGCCACCAAUAUGUGUUUGGGGCUUGA